UACCGAUUCCACUUAUUAAAAAGCUGUCAUUCCAAUAUUCAAACUAUGUUCUGCAAAAAACUUUUGCAACUCAAGAAGCCAAAUAAACUACUGAAUUUUCAGUUUGCUGAUGUCACCUAUAGCUUUAUAACACACAGUUUGAAGAAACAAAACGUUGUACUGCAUAAAGAGAAAAAAAGUUGUAGAAAUACAGAGCGUAGCGUUGUAACGUAGCCCCCACUGCUGUUUGCACGUGUGGAGCUGCAGGAAUGCGGCGCCCAGCGGCCAUUGACGUCUGCUACUCUAUCCAGGCUGGAGGAGGUGGAAGAGGGGGAGGAGGAGGAACGAAAACUUCAAAACAUGGCUUCCUUCUCUCUGGAGCCUGGAAAUCAAGAUGAAACCCCUACAGAUGAAUCAAAGCAGGGGUCCCAUUUCAUAAAAGCUGAGGAAUACACCUUGGAUGAAGCGUCAGAGAAACUUCUGCAAAGUUUUCAAAGCGCGGCGUUAAGUUUCUCUGGGGAGCAGGUCGCUUGUGUUUGUGAAGCACUCCUGCAGGCUGGCAAUGUGGACAGGCUGGGCAGAUUCCUCACUUCAAUCCCGCCGUCAGAGUUGCUACGUGGCAACGAGACUUUACUGAAGGCCAGGGCCCUAGUGGCCUUCCACCAAGAAAACUUCAAAGAGUUGUACUGUAUCUUGGAGAGUCAGUCCUUCCACCCUUCUAACCAUCGCUUUCUACAGGAUCUUUUCCUACGGGCGCGGUAUCGGGAGGCAGAAAUGUCCCGGGGCCGACCGCUGGGGCCCGUGGACAAGUACCGGCUUCGGAAAAAGUAUCCCCUACCCAAGACCAUUUGGGACGGCGAAGAGACAAUGUACUGCUUCAAGGAGAGGUCGCGUAACGCAUUAAAGGAGUGCUACAAGAACAAUCGUUAUCCGACCCCGGACGAGAGGAGGAACCUGGCACAGAUCACGGGGCUCUCCCUCACACAGGUCAGCAACUGGUUUAAGAACAAGAGGCAGAGGGACCGCACCCCCUCCGUUGGCACCCCCAGCAAGUGUGAAUCUGAUGGAAAUCACAGCACUGAAGAUGAAUCCAGUAGAGGAGCCGAACCUGUUGAACCUGAGCUGAAUGUACCAAUGACAGUGUCAACAGGACAAGAAGAGGCCCAAGUUCUGAACGCUGCAUUCCUACAGACCUCCAGUGCACCAACCAGUACUUCCUCUCUUUUGUUGAAUGGAACUGUGUUAAGCAACGCACAGCCUGUUCUCCUAAAUGGUAGUGCUGUCCUUCAGGCAUCCAGUGGUGUUAUCAUCAAUGGUUUGACUCUAGGAGAUGGACAGACAGUAACUCUUAGUCCUGUCGCUUCUAGUUCUCCUGUAUUAGUUAGUGGCUCAGCUGCAUUCAACAGUAAACAACCUGUGGACCUUUCUGGAACGCAUGCUGAGCAAAAGCAUCCUCAGGAUUCCCCAUCUUCAGCUGCCCUUAAUACCAACGGUGCUAUAACUGUACAGAACUUUCAGACAGGAACAGAAGUGAAGGUUGAAAGUAGUCAGGCUUUAUCUAGUCCACCAUUGGCUUCAUUUAUUUUCAGUCAGAAUAACUCACUGGCCAGUCAGCUAAGCCCAUCUGAAAUCAAAGCAGAGGAUGGGAGGCUUUUGCAGUCUGCUGCAGUCCCUGUUACACAGACUGAGCAGGUAACACCAGUAGUGUCUCUGCCUCAGAUCUCCCAAGCACAGCAGAUGACACCAACACCACACAUAUCUCAUAUUGCCCCUCCCCAUGUCGUGUCAGUCUCUCAACUUGUUCCAUCAGCUGAAGGAUCAGCUGUACCACAGCUUAUCCAGGCAUCUCAGUUGUUGUCUGGAUCACAGAUUGUGCCUUUGUCACAUGUCUCAACCAGUUCUCAGUCCAGUGAAGUAGCCCAGGCUAGUUCUACACCUCGGCCCAUAUCUGUGCCUUUGUUAACACCUUCUGCUCAAGCAGUUCAUAUUUCCCAAAUGCAAGGAUCUCAGGUGGUCUCUGUGCCCCAAGUGAAUUCAAUACUGUCUUCUUCCCAAGGAUGCUCGGUCCCUUGUAAUGUGUCUACAUCACAGGUCAUUCCUAUCUCGCAGAUUUCCCCAGCAUCACAUGUAGUUCCUAUUUCUCAGCCUUUGCAAGGAUCACAAGUGCUUUCCCCUACACCGAUGAUCCCUUUGUCUCCAGUCAUUUCCACACCCCAAGUCCUCUCUGUGCCUCAGGGAUCUGCAACUCCUCAUGUUGUCUCAAUACCUCAGGUGGCACAAGGCUCUCAGAUUGUUCCAUUGCCUCAGGUUGCUCCAGCAUCACAAGUUCUUACACUACAGCAAGGUGUUCCCUUGUCCAGCGUGGGUUCUAGCAUUCCUGGCCAUGUGCAGAUAUUGACAAACAGCAGCAGUCCCAUAAAAGCAAGCCCAGUUGGAACAGUGCAGCUUCCUGGUAGCACAGUGAUACCAAAUAAUGUUCAGCUCCUUGGUACGAAUGUGGGAUUGACAGCUUUGCAGCUUCCUUCUGCACCUCCGGGAAACAUCCUUCUUACAAAUCCAGCCACAGGUGCAACUAUACUAACAGGGGUGGCCCUUCACCAAGGUAAGCUUAUCUUCACUGCCACUUUCCCAGCUAGUAUGCUGAUGUCAACAGUGUCUUCACCAGCAACAGGCAGCUUAACAGUGCCCAUCAAGCAGGAACCUGAUGUUGAAGGAAGCCUGGUGCUGCCUGCCACAUCCUUUGGUAGCUCUAACAACCUAAAUACCAGUACAGCAGCACUGCAGAGUUUUGGUGCUAAUUCAGUUGCAGUCACACCAGUUUCAGGGACAUUUUUUUCAACCGUCGCAGGACUGUGUUCUCUGCCUAAUGCAUCCAGUGGAACUUUUGUGUCUCCAGUGUCCUUGAACUCAGAUGGGAGCUUUGCCAGCUCUCCAUCCUCUGGCUCCAUAGUGGGGCAUCCAACUAUAUCUUUCACUCCUGACCCCACUCCAGCCAGUGCUGUCAUAAGUCCAUCUAGUAUUUUUAACAACAUUAGCAAUGUCACUGGUGCCCUUCAACAUAGCAGCUUCAUUACGAACUUCAGCCAGGAAGGAAUGGUGCUUACUUCACAGUCCCAGACAGUGAAUUGGCCAGGUUCAUUUGGUGUAUUCAAAGGAGGAGUGGAAUCUCAUGACAUCAACACCACUGGAACAUUUGAUAUGGGAAAAGGAGCAAGUCUAAUUCUAGGUAACUCAAGAGAACAGGACCUUCUCCCAAUCCCUAAUGGAAGGGAGUUGCUAAUGGGCAGUUCUGAAAGGGGCUUUGAUGAUGCAGAAAAUAUGGAUUCUGAUGAGCUAGAGUCAGAGAGAAAAGUCUUGACCCAGUUACAAUCUGUUCCAGUUGAUGAAACUCUCAGUAUGUAGACUGACUUUGUACGGUGGAAAUAGCAGUAAUCUGGAUUACUUUGCUUGUAGUUGAUGGAUAUUGGAUUCAGUUCAUCACUUCAAGAGAAAGGGGGCACUUGAAGUGUAUGAAGAAUAUUGAAGUGUAUGAAGAAUAUCACAAGCAUUUUUCUUGAACUCUUACAAAAUUGCAUUAUCUCAGAACACUUAUGGCAGAGUGAUCUGUUUAAUUUUAUUGUCACUACAGUACAGUGUCUUUCACAAAUACAUUUGUGAAUCCUGGGCCUUCUGUUAAGCUAUGGAUCCUCCUAAAGGGAGAAUGAGAGAGAGAUAUUUCUGACAAAUAAAAUCUGUAUGAAUGCCAGGAAAAAAUAUUAAUGCUCCAUUCCUGAAGCAUGUGUCAUUCAUGUUUCCGUUAAUAUUUAAAAACAAAAGAAGCAGAAGUUUUGACAUUAGUUAAUUCAUGUGAAUAUGUACCAGUUGUUUUUAAGUACACUAAUAUCACCAGUCAUAAAGGAAUUUUUUAUAGCGAAGUAAAGUUAAGGUGUGCCUUAAAAAUGGCAUAUCCUGUUUCUUCUUUGUGGUGUUUCUCAUAGCUGUGCAUGUACAGUGUUACAGCUGAGUAAAUAUAACAACUUUCCAAAGCUGGUACUGAUUGGUAGCACUACCUGUCUUUCACAGAUCAUAUCUGGAAGGCUUUGAGUGCCAGUGACUUUGAUCAGUAAUGCUGCCUUUUUUUCCAUGUUUUCCUCCUUUUUCCUUUCUUCAUUUUACACAAAGAUAUACCAUGUGCACUGUAUGAAGCCUUGUGAAGAAACAAGCUACUUGGUCUGCACUUAGUCUGUUGCUGCUUCAGGUCUGUC